CUGACUAGAAUGAUUAAUUGUUGCUGUAUUGUUACUGUUGCAUUUUGUUUAUGUGAUUCCUUAAAAGGAAGUUGUCAUAAUAUUGACCAUCUUCAUGUUUGGCUUUCCUCUUCCUCCUCCCAUGUGGGGAGAGUCUAAUUAACUGCAACAGCUGUCUUGGCUUAAAAAUAUUAUGUAGGGAAACAUCAAUCUAAAAAGUUUUGAAUGCUUUUUAAAAAUAAAAGGGAGUAACUGAUGAAGGUUUUAUAAAUGAGUGAUAGGUAAAGCUCUUUGUUUCCCAGGAGAAAUGCACCUAUAACAGAUGCACAAAACAUAGCUAAAGGAAAACAUAGCUAAAGUGGAAUCUAGCUUUUGGAAAAAAUUAUCUCCAACUAGAAGAAAAUGUAAAAUGACUGUCAGAAUAUCAACAGCAAGAUCAGGUAUUACAACUUCACUGAGUAAGACCCCUAAAAUUCUUCUUGGUCAGCAAUGAACGCUCAGCUUUUAUUUCAGAAUUAUUACGGAUGUGCAUGUACAGGCAGCUAAACUUGAUUGUAUUGAGCAUUAUGCUCACCUCUAUAGAUCUGUUCCCUGGUUCUUUGUACUUCAUGGAGCUGAGUUGUAUGAUCUGUGGAGAGUUACUGCAGAACUUGUUUGCCCUCCUGGGAUCAUGAGUACAUAAUUACAGGAACUAAGCUCAGGAGGAAGAUGAAAGAUAGCAUCCCUGAAGAACAUUUGUAUUUGGGUUUUUCUCAUCAGUAUGGAGACAGCAUCUUUCCUCUUCAUACAUCUAUUUCACUAUUUUUGCUAUCCUACUGUGACUGCAAAUUAUUCAAAAUUUUUUUAGUGCCAACUGGUGAAAAUGCAGAUGAUCAGCUUGUGACAAAAAACCUACUUCAUGAUUUUGAGGUCUGCUUAAUCUCCAGACAUCAGCUUCCUAUGGUGGUGCAGAGCUGCUGUUUGCCUGCUGUUGUCGUGAAAGAUGGCAAAUUCUGUCGAGCUGGCCUGUCUGUUGUCUUAAGGCAUAUAAUACAGAAAACAUAUGAGGCAGAUCCAUCCAGAAAGGAUGUUUUGGAACUUUUAGGUUUUAAGAAGACCUGCUUAAAAGCCUGUGCUGAAGUUAGCCGGUGGACCAGACUUUGUGAAAUCAGCAUACCUCUGGCUGUUGAAAGAUUUUUGACGGGAUCUGCUGAGCAAUGUCAGUCUAUUCCUCCUGACAUUUUAGAGCUUGAAAGGAAGCUUGGAGAACCUGUCCGAGUGCAUAAUGAUGACAAAAUCCGAAGGCAAAAACUUCAACAACAGAAGGCAGGUGCCAAGACUGCACUGUCUGUACUUCCUAAAGAAGCAGCAGAAGGAGAAAAAACAGUAGAAAUGGAUGAACAUCCACUUCCAAGUUUGGAACUAAGCAUAGCUUUCUCCAAACUGCUUGUCCAGGAAGUAUCAGCUACAGUCAACAGGGAGCCCACUCACAUCAGGAAAACAAAAACCUCUGACCUUCCACCUUUGGACCAUGUUUUUGCAGAAGGGCUUUAUUUCACCUUGGCAGAUAUAGUGCUUUUGCCAUGCAUCCAUCAGUUCUUGGUUUUCAGCAAAAAGCAAGGUAAAAAUCUGUUAAAUUUGCCUCUGAUAUCCAGUUGGUAUCAAAGAGUUCAAGAAAUACCUAGAGUAAAGAAAGCUGCUGACAAAUGCAGUAUGCAGCUUCUCCAACUUCCAGAGUUGCAGUCUGCUCCAGAGGAACAGCUACAAAACUUCUUAUUGGUUCCCAAUGAAUUAGAAGAGGAGCAUGAAGACAAUCAUUUUAUAGGUGGUCCAAGGCCAACUAUGACUAAGUUAAUGGAAAGUGGUAUUGAAACAAAGUUUUCUCCUCAUCCAUGCCCUAACUGGACCCUGGACUGGAACAGUCUACCAGCUGCAGUCAGUCCUGGAGAAGGAAAGAUGUCCAGAGACCGGGCUCUGAGGAAACAGCAGCAAUUGAAUAAUUUGUUAGCAGUGGUGAAAAAGCUUGCUAAGCCUGGAGAUGUGAUUGUGGAUUUUUGCAGUGGAGGGGGCCAUGUUGGAAUUGUUCUCGCUCACAUGAUGCCAUCAUGUCAGGUGGUGCUCAUAGAAAAUAAGGAGUUGUCACUGAUCCGUGCUAAAGACAGAAGUGAUGAACUAGGUUUAAACAACAUUUGGUUCAUUCAAGCAAAUCUGGACUAUUUUAAUGGGACUUUUAAUAUUGGGGUAGCUCUGCAUGCCUGCGGUGUGGCAACAGACAUGGUGAUUGAACACUGCAUCAAGGCUCAGGCAGCCUUUGUCAUCUGUCCGUGUUGUUAUGGCUUCAUUCAAAACACAGUGAAGUUUACGUAUCCACAAAGCCAUCAAUUCAAGGAAAUUUUAUCCUACAAGGAGCACAUGAUUCUUUGCAGAUUUGCAGAUCAGACAGCUGUUCAGCUUCCACCUGAACGCCGACUAAUAGGAAAGCAGUGUAUGGGGCUUGUGGAUCUGGAUCGGGCAUGGGCUGCGGAAGGACGAAAUUAUUCUGUCCAAGUGAUAUCUAUGGAGCCAGAGAGUUGUUCCCCAAAGAACAAUAUGCUUGUGGGCACCCCUGCUUAGAGUGUGAAACUUGCAUUUAAUUUGAAGUUGAACAUAAAUCCUUGGUGCAUAAUGACAUCCAGCAGAUACGAGCAGAGCUGGGAGCCAGACAUCAGGCAUCUUGAACUCAUUGUGUUUGGAAAAUGGAAGCAGCAGGAACAGUCUUAGAAAAUGCACUGCCUGCAAAGCAUCACAGAUCAUACUUGUAACAUGUUAUUGAGCAGCUUUUGGUUCUCUUAUUGGGAAGUUUCUUGAUGUGACACCUGUCCAUGGAAUCGUAUCCACCAGCAAAAGUUCAGAAGAGAGUUGGUCUCAUUGAAGGGAAAACGAUUUGCUUUUCAGUAAAGCUGUCUUGGCUGCUUCAAAAUUGCAUUCAUGUUCAAAACAGCAUUCGUGCCCAGAGGCAGAACAUUUAUCUACCAAUAACGCAAAUCAACGGGGAACUGAAAAGAUCAAAUUUAUAGUGUUACUGAAGGCAGGCUUCGGGUGGUGGCUUGACUUUACUAAAGAAUUCCAUGCUACUGUAGCAAGAUUUUUCUUAAUAAAGUUCGCAGAAAUACUUCUGGUAUCAUUCUGCUUAUAGAAAAAUGUAUUCUGAUUUAUCAAUCCUUAAAAAAAAAUUUUUGUAUCAUCUUUAAAUAUGAUGCAGGAUUUCUGUGAUCGGGUAUUUGAAAGUAUGUGUAGUUAAAGAAAGUAGAACUCUAUUCAUUGACCAGACAGCAGGAAAUGGUGAACAUAUCAGCAAACUAUUACUUCACUGCCACCUCUGCUAGUUGAAGUGUAUUGCUUUCCAUUCUUAAGAGACUCACUGACAAAAGCAAUAUUGAAGAACAAAUCGUGUCUAUAUACAUCAUUUCCAUUUAUUUUCACAUCUGGUUUAAAAUUUGAAAAAAGUUGCAGUUGUGGAACUAUGUGAAAAGAUCAACCACAGAUGUGCUACUGUAAAAUGAAAAUAUAUGCUCUGUACUCUGAUUGGAGGACUUUUCUACUCUAAUUUCAAAUCAUUUGUAGAUGCUGUCACAAUGGAAAAUGAAAUUUUUCCUUCACGA